AGAGAGGCUGGCGGCAGUGGCGGCUGUCCGGGCUGGGUUGUCAGUCAGAGGAGGGAAGAUGGCUCGCCCGGACUCGUGCUGCUAGUGGGAAAGGGGCAGGUGGCGCGACUGCUGGCGGAGCGCAGUCGCCCGGUCGCCCGUUCGCCGUGGUCGUGAGGGGAGGCCGCGGUGGGUCCCGGAGCUGCUCUGGUUGAAGGUUUGGAACACAUGUGGAAAGAUGUUUACCUCAGAGAUAGGGGUUGUGGAAGAAUGGCUGUCAGAAUUUAAGACUCUCCCAGAAACAUCUUUGCCAAAUUAUGCCACAAAUUUGAAAGACAAGAGUUCUUUAGUUUCAUCUCUCUAUAAAGUUAUCCAGGAGCCACAGAGUGAGUUACUAGAGCCUGUGUGUCACCAACUCUUUGAGUUCUACCGCAGUGGGGAGGAGCAGCUGCUUCGGUUCACCCUGCAGUUCCUCCCAGAACUGAUCUGGUGCUACCUCGCUGUGUCGGCCAGCAGAAAUGUGCACAGCAGCGGCUGCAUUGAGGCCCUUCUUCUAGGGGUUUAUAACCUGGAAAUAGUUGACAAACACGGACAUAGUAAAGUAUUGAGUUUUACAAUUCCAUCUUUAUCCAAACCAUCUGUAUAUCAUGAACCUUCCAGCAUUGGGUCUAUGGCGCUGACGGAGAGUGCGCUAUCCCAGCAUGGCUUAUCAAAGGUCGUGUACAGUGGACCCCAUCCUCAACGGGAGAUGCUGACAGCACAGAACAGGUUUGAAGUGUUGACAUUCCUUCUGUUGUGUUACAAUGCUGCCUUAACCUACAUGCCCAGUGUUUCUCUUCAGUCACUGUGUCAGAUUUGUUCAAGAAUAUGUGUCUGUGGAUAUCCCCGACAACAUGUAAGAAAAUACAAAGGUGCGAGUGGCAGGAUACCGAUUUCAUCCGGAUUCAUGGUGCAGAUGCUAACAGGAGUGUAUUUUGCCAUAUACAAUGGAGAAUGGGAUCUAGCUCAGAAAGCAUUGGAUGAUAUUAUAUACAGAGCCCAGCUAGAAUUAUAUCCAGAGCCUCUGCUGGUUGCUAAUGCAAUAAAGGCUUCGUUGCCUCAUGGUGCCAUGAAAUCUAGUAAGGAAGGUACAAGGUGUAUUCAAGUUGAAAUCACACCAACUUCCUCUAGAAUAUCAAGAAAUGCAGUUACCAGCAUGUCAAUAAGAGGUCACAGGUGGAAAAGACAUGAGCAACCUGAGAGCAGCAGUGCCACUGCUGAAGCGGGCAUCCUUGUCAUUCCUGAGAUUAGUGUCACACAUGUGUCCGGAGAGAGGACCGGGAAUGGGGAAAAAGGCAGAGCGCUAGGAGACAUUGAUGCCCAGCAUAUGCAGGGUGUGCAGGAAACAGCCACAGACCCUAGAAGUGAGAGCAGAGGCUUGCCCGAACUCAGAAGGCAAAAAUCUGUAAGAAAAAUGAUGGAGGAUGGAAUGUCCACAGCUGGCAGAGUGCAGUUUUAGCAGACGCUUUGUAGCCGCAGCCCAAGGAGAUACAGAAUUAACAGGUCAAGAAGAACUGAUGGACAUAACUGAAGUUGACGAGGGAUUUUAUUCCAGGGCUGCGUCUAGCACCAGCCAGUCGGGUCUAUCAAACAGUAGUCACAAUUGUAGUAACAAGACAAGUGUAGGAAAGAACCAGAGACGGUCGGGAGGAAGCAAAGCUGGAGCAAAAGAGAGAGAAACUGCAGGGGAAUCUUGCAGAGAUCACUUUGCUCGCAAACAAACCCAGAGAGCCCAGAGUGAGAACCUUGAGCUUCUCUCUCUGAAGAGACUGACCUUAACCUCCAGCCAGUCCCUGCCCAAGCCCAGCAGCCAAGGCUUAGCUAAGACUGCGGCCACUGUAUUUAGUAAAUCCUUUGAACAGGUCAGUGGUGUCCCAGUCCCACGUAGCCCUUCUCCUGCCAUUGGCUGUGUUGCUGGGGCAGAUGCCCAUAGAUUUUCUGCUUGUAGUCUCCAAGAAGAAAAGCUUAUUUAUGUGUCAGAAAGGACUGAACUUCCAAUGAAGUGUCAAGCGGGCCAGCAGGGGCCUCCUAGUAUUAGCAUCACUUUGUCUGCAGAUUAACUUCUAACUUACUUCUCUCCUAACUAGCGAAGCUGGAAGAUGGCUUUGCUCCCUUAUGAAAGUACUGAGUCCUUUGUGCCUGGUCCUGGCAGGAGCCUGGUGUCUUCAAUUCAAGGCUCUCCUUUGACUAUGAAGGGAACUGUGUUUAGUUUGCAGUAAGCUGACAUGUGGUCUUAUUUCUUGGGUAUUCUUCUCCCCUUGGUUUAAGUUCUUUAUACUUUUAUUCUCCUUUCCUGUUACUUGUUAUUGUUGGUUACAUCCUCAGUGAGGUUAUUUUUAAUACCUCGUUUUUCAGUGGUUGUGUAUUUGCCCUGGGAAGUCAAAGAGAGUCUCUGUGUUCGAGGACUGGGCUGUCGAGCCCAGGUAGAGGAGUGAGUCCAUGAAGCCAUGUUACUAAACAGGCGUGUGAGAAAACAAAGCCCUGAGAGCCGUGGGGAUGUCAUGUGCUGUGGCCACAUCAUGCUUAGGAUGGGGACAGUUUGUUCCACACUGCAAGUUGCUUGGCAGGACAGUUGGAAGGGGAAGCUGGGAGAAUUUCUGUUGCAGUCCUUAGAAUAUUAAACAGCAAAACUGAGACUGCUAGUAGAUGACAUUCUGAAGUGUUUGAUCUGAUUGCAGGGGUGAAAGUCCCUUUCGGUUUCUAAAGUGUAACCAGCCAUAAAGCCAAUGGACUGUGCUGCUCAACUUUGGAAAUCCUGGCUAGUUUGUAUUUUAGUGGUCAGAGAGCACACAUCACAGAAGACUUCCUGAAAACCCCUGUAAACCUUGUAGCACAGCUCCCGAGAUACCAAUAUGAAAUGUUUAAUAGUGAAAUGUCUGUGAAUGAAGGAAACGAGUUCAUUUUUUAUCUAAAAUAUGAUGAAAGAAAAUACAGUAGAUGUGGACAGAGGAUAUUUGUGCAUUAGCUUAGGGUUGCUUGUGUUUGUUCUUAAAUUUAACAUAAGAAAAAGAGUGUGCUUCUUGUUUGUGAGCUUUAAGUGUUCCUGUUAUAAUGUAGAAAGAAUUCAGCUACCACCCACUCCUGCCAACCUAGCACUAAGAAAUGUGGUAAGGCAGAAGCUAAACUCUGCUGAGAUGGACGCACAGACUUAGUGCCUGUGGUCUGCUCGGUUGGCCGACGCUCCUGUGAGGUGCAUGUGCUGUGGUGCUAACUGGGACUGAGAGGAGCAGGUCAGUGAGAAGGCCUGGGACACUGUCUGCUUCAUGGCUUCAUUGACUUAGCACACCAAGGCCUUCUUUCUUGUGGUCCCUCACUGUGCCCACAGAACAUGGCUAGUGUACCCUCUCAAACCCUGUGGGUCCAGCUCAUGUAAAUGAGAAAACUCCACGUGUUUCAGAGUGCAAAGCGUUUACACUUGAGAUAGUGUAAAUGCUUACCUCCUAGUUUAAACCUGAUUAUCCAAGGCCCUUGCUUGUUAGCAUAAAAUAACAUUUUAGUUUCAGUAACAGAAUGAACUGCUGGCUUAAAUUGUCCUCAACACUUUUAAGGUAACUAGACAGUAAAAAUCAAUAAUUGGAAUAAUAUAAUAGUAAUCUUGUAUACAGUUGAAAUGUUUGUGAAAUGUUUGUAAAAUGUCACUGUGAAUUUCCUGUUGUCUUUUUGUAAGUCCUUAAAAACUUUUUUAAAACAUAGUUACUAACAGUGUUGAUAUUAUUAAGAAGAAAUUUAAAAGAUUGUCAUUAGGCAGGUUGAAGUGCUUGUUAGGCACAGAGUCAGUUUAAAGAAACAAGAGAUCAGAAUAAUAGUCAGCUAUCAUAAUGAAACCUCAUUUUGAUAUUGUUGUAGACAUUUGCUACUUGUGUGGUCCAAAGACCAUUAGUGUCGCCUAGUAUCUUAAUAAAACUUUAAAAUUUCAGGGGCAGACCUAGUAAAUCAAAGCUGGCAUUUUAACAAGGUCCCCAGUGAUGCUGUACAUUUGUCUUUGUGAAGACAGUUUCAAAGUGCUAACUACUUGUUUAAUAUGUAGGCUCCGCAGUGGUCUCACAGUUCUCAAGCACAGGUGUAUUAGAUACUAGAUUGUCAUAAUUGUCAUAUUUUUUGAUAACCAAGUAGCUUUUUAAUAACAUUGACAUGUGACUUCUUAGAGGCUCUCAUUUUAAAUUCCCACUUCUCACUUGUUUCUGUAUAAAAAUGUGGCAUCUUCUGCUUCGCUUACUGGUCAUAAAUGAACCCAGAGCUUCAGAUUCAGGUUUUAAGUAGGAAAGCCCCCCUUUGUUCUUGAGUUGUUACAUGUGAUACAGCACAUUUGCACAUAUGUCCGUUCUCUCUUACAAAAUCAGUAACAGCUUACACAGUGGAAUGAGUCUGAAGUUUUGUUCCAAAUGAUUUACACCAAUUGAUUUUCUGGAGUGGGGAGUUAUGUGAACAAUAAAAUUCUUUUAUACUACUUUUGAUACUAUUUCAAGAAAGAAUUGUGUACAUCGGAGGCUUUCAUACCAGCUGUUAAAGUCGAAUGCUGUUAACUGUGGCAAUAGUUGUUCUAGUUACUCUUUCCUACUCAUCUUUCAAAUGUGAGAAGUUGUGUGGCUUUGUAUUUGAGUUUUUAUAAAGAUGCUGAUAGUGUAGGCAUCUCAUGGACCCAGGGGAAUAGCUUUUACCAAGAGGAUUCCACACAAAACGGGGUCUGGCACCCCAUAGUUAGAUCUAGAUAGGGAUUCUUGAAUUGACCUAGCCCUUGCACUCCUGUGAAGCUGUGCCUGCCAUGAACCUCUUUCUGCAAUCCAAGUGAAGAGAAGAGAGAAGCAGAGUAGACUCUUCCAAGGAUCCCACUGCUCAGGUGCUACCCUUCCUCUUCCAGGAGCCUCAGGAAAGCACCUUUGAAUGGCAGGGACACUGCCUGAACUCUUUAAGUCCAUCUCUGUAGCAUUGAAGAGCAGGAAUCCCAGAACAACUUGUUUGUUUUUAAAAAGGUAGUGUUUCAUUGCCCUUUCAAUUAUAAACCAACAACUCUGCAGAUAUCACUCAGUUGUAAAAAGUUGAAUUAAAGGGAAAUAUGUCUUUAAAUCAAAAUAGAUUUUAAAAAAAUCCCAGUUUAAAGGGAUUUUUGCCUAUUUUGAACUAUCAUAGUUAAAAUGUUGAAUGGUAAAUUGUGGAGGAAGAUACAUACUCUAAAACAUGAUUUUAAGCCAAGAGUUAGACUAAGGCAGCUUGAUGUCUACUUGACCUCCAUAGAGGAAAGUGCACCAAGGAAGCGUAAGUGUUGUAACUGAGAAAUACUGAAACACAAAAUGUUGUUGCUGAGGCAUUGUAGGUAGAAAGUAAUGUACAAUAGUGUCUUCCCAGCCCAAGUGAAAAGCUAAAACCCCAGUCCUUUAGUGAGCACAAGUUUACACUUGGACGUUUGCUGCUGAAUGCUGGUUCACUGGGUAAUCGAGAUGUAUGCUUUAAUACUGCUCAAGUCUUUACCAGAAAGCACUCAUGGGCUACCUUCUGGACUUUGUAACUUGCACAUAUCCAAGAAGACGGAGUGUGAACAAUCUGAAGAUGUUUUAUGUUUUAUAGUAGAGUGCUAGUGGACAUGGACCUCAAUGGUUGUAUUUUCUGGGCCCCACACUGUCUCUCAUUGGAACUGACCGUGUGCCUCUGACCUUUACUUCUGAUCAUGUGGUAAUGCUAAACUCUUCUCACAAAUACACUUGUCACUGUAUGCCUAGUGUUUACAUUCCUAAGAAUAAACUUUGGAUAUUUUUA